CUAGUUAAUAAACAGUUAAGUUUGGAAGACUCGGCCGACACGUUGAGGGGGAGUUACCCAGCCCAGGCAGCAAAAACAUCCCGGCACAUUCCUGGGGAGUCCUCAGCUGCCAGCAUCUGAUUAGAACCAUAUCUCUCGCCGGGAGUGGCCGCGCGGCUCCAGGCUCCCGGCCGGCGGCUAUUUAAGCGGAGCCCACCGGGUCGGCUGCGCUGCUGCCUGGAGGCUCCGGCGCGGCGCGGCGCGGGGAAGUCAUGCUCGAAGCUUCGCAGGGGCGCUAGCUAGUCGGUUACUCCAUUUUAAACUUAGACAUACAAACUCUGGAGGGAACCCUUCUGCCAGCGUCACGGUGGCAUGGUGUCUCCAGCAUUAUCAUAGCCACUUAGUAGGUAGCUGACUGAGCUUCUGCUAAAAACCUGGUGAAUUUCAUCCACUGAAGAAAGAAUUAAGGUGACAAAGGUGUGUGUUGUAGGUUAUGUUCAUUUGAGACCUCUCCAUCGGGGAUCGCCUGGUGUCAUUAAGUGUCUGCUGGUGCUGGGUUUGCUGCUUUCCUUCUUUGCCAUGUCUAACGAAGUAGAAACGAGCACAACCAAUGGUCAGCCUGACCAACAGGCUGCACCAAAAGCACCGUCGAAGAAGGAGAAGAAGAAAGGCUCUGAAAAGACAGAUGAGUAUCUCUUGGCAAGGUUCAAAGGUGAUGGUGUGAAAUACAAGGCCAAGCUAAUUGGAAUUGAUGAUGUGCCAGAUGCACGAGGGGAUAAGAUGAGCCAAGACUCCAUGAUGAAACUCAAGGGCAUGGCAGCAGCUGGACGGUCUCAGGGACAACACAAACAAAGGAUCUGGGUCAACAUUUCCCUUUCUGGGAUAAAAAUAAUUGAUGAGAAAACUGGGGUGAUAGAGCAUGAACAUCCAGUAAAUAAGAUUUCUUUCAUUGCCCGUGACGUGACAGACAACAGGGCGUUUGGUUAUGUGUGUGGAGGAGAAGGCCAACAUCAGUUUUUUGCCAUAAAAACUGGGCAACAGGCUGAGCCAUUAGUCAUUGACCUUAAAGACCUUUUUCAAGUAAUCUACAAUGUAAAGAAAAAGGAAGAAGAGAAGAAAAAGGCAAAAGAAGCCAACAAAGCCAUAGAGAAUGGGAGUGAGACCUUAAUGAAUCUUGAUGAUCAAGGGACCAAACUGAAAUUGGGUGUGGACCAGAUGGAUUUGUUUGGGGACAUGUCUACACCUCCUGACCUAAAUAGUCCAACAGAAAGCAAAGAUAUCCUGUUAGUGGAUCUAAACUCUGAAAUCGACACCAAUCAGAAUUCUUUAAGAGAAAAUCCGUUCUUAACAAAUGGCAUCACCUCCUGCUCUCUUCCUCGACCAAAGCCUCAGGCAUCCUUCUUGCCUGAAAAUGCCUUUUCUGCCAAUCUCAACUUCUUUCCCACCCCCAAUCCUGAUCCUUUCCGUGAUGAUCCUUUUGCACAACCAGACCAAUCGACACCCUCUUCGUUUGAUUCUCUCAAAUCUCCAGAUCAGAAGAAAGAGAAUUUGAGUAGCUUGUCUACUCCACUGAGUAAUGGGCCCUUGAAUGGUGAUGUUGAUUACUUUGGUCAGCAAUUUGACCAAAUCUCUAACCGGACUGGCAAACAGGAAGCUCAGGCAGGCCCGUGGCCCUUUUCAAGUACGCAAACCCAGCCAGCGGUGAGAACUCAAAAUGGGGUAUCUGAAAGAGAACAGAACAGCUUCCAUAUCAAAUCUUCCCCAAACCCUUUCGUGGGAAGCCCUCCCAAAGGACUCUCUGUACCGAAUGGCGUAAAACAGGACUUGGAAACCUCUGUCCAGUCCUCAGCACAUGACUCCAUAGCCAUUAUCCCACCUCCACAAAGUACCAAACCAGGAAGAGGCAGAAGGACUGCUAAGUCUUCAGCAAAUGACUUGCUUGCAUCAGACAUCUUUGAUCCUCCGGUCUCAGAACCUCCAGGCCAGACGUCACCCACAGGACAAUCUGCAGCCCCACAGACCAACCCUCUGGACCUCUUCAAAACAAGCUCUCCUGCCCCAGUGGGGCCCCUUGCCGGUCUAGGUGGUGUGCCAGUCACACCUGCCCAGGCGGGACCAUGGAACCCCUCGGUGGUCUUCAAUCAGUCUACGUCAAUGAUCCCAGGAGCCAUGAUAGGUGGCCAACCUACAGGUUUCAGCCAGCCAAUGGUUUUUGGUGCAAGCCCAGCGGUUCAAAGUUGGACCCAGCCUUCAUCCUUUGGGGCCUCAAAUACCCCUCCAGCCCCUGCCAUCUGGGGCUCUUCUACAGCUGUGGCACCCAACAGUUGGUCCUCAACAAGCCCUUUGGGGAAUCCUUUUCAGAGCAAUAUUUUUCCUCCUGCUAUGUCUGCUCAGUCCUCCUCUAUGCUGUCCUCUCCCCUGGUCACUCCUCCUCAGCCACCUCCUAGAACAGGCCCUCCAAAGGACAUUCCUAGUGAUGCCUUCACUGCCUUAGACCCACUUGGAGAUAAAGAAGUCAAGGAAGUGAAAGAAAUGUUUAAGGACUUCCAACUGCGGCAGCCACCUGCUGUGCCCGCUAGGAAGGGAGAGCAGCCUUCCUCUGGGACUUCAAGUGCCUUCUCUAGUUAUUUCAACAAUAAAGUUGGCAUUCCUCAGGAGAAUGCAGACCAUGAUGAUUUUGAUGCAAAUCAACUAUUGAACAAGAUCAAUGAACCACCAAAGCCAUCUCCUAGACAGGGUACCCUGCCAGUUACCAAAUCUGCUAACAAUGCAUUUGAGAACCCUUUCUCUAAGGAUCCCUUCAGUUCAUCACAACCCUCUGUGGCUUCUCAACCCAAAUGUUCUGAUGUACAUAGGGAUCCUUUUGGAAAUCCUUUUGCUUAACUUAUGAACUUGGAAUGCUGACUAUCCAGAGGAACAUAAAGGUUGGCCUUCGUAGUCAAGGACAAAGCUAAUAGCCAGAUGCAUCCUGACUUCUGUCCUUGUCCCAGCUUUGAUGGAUUAUCUGUUGCCUUUAUUUCUCAUUGCCUCUUCCACUUGUAAAAUGCCUUUCACUUUCUGUCUAGGCUAAAGCUAAACUGAAUCUAUGGCUUUAAGUAAAUUAAGUUCCCAAACUCUAUAGUUUAAAUGUAAAUGAAGUAGUUUCCCUACUGAGUCCUUGCCUAUCGUGAUCCUAGAACCUUCCAGGACAUUCUACUUUCUUCACUCUGGUUGGGAGAUGCAGCCACCACACUCCCUCAUAUCACACCCUGUUUUCAGUAAAUUUCCAAGUCCUUGCUGCACAAAGUCAUUAGGGGGUUCUAUAACCUAAAGAUUCUAGUAGGACAAGGCCCUUGUUUCAGACCAUCUCUUACAGAGAAUUUUUAAAAUAAAAUGAAAGCAAGUCCAACUCCUCCUUAUAUACCUAAGGAUCUUUUUUUAAAGAUAAUAGUUUCUCUUCAUUCUAAAGAUCAGGUUCUCCAAGGCCAAGAUUGUAUUUUUCCUAAUCUCCUGUUAGCUAUUGCAGACGAGGGGAAAAUAUAAUUAACCUCUCUUUGCCUUCUUUCUCUGAUUGUCUUUCAUGUCUAUUUUUUUCCUGGCUUCAUGUACCAUUACUUCCCUUUUGCAAGCAAAGACUUUAAUGGGCAAAAAAGAAAGAAAGAAUGAUUCACAGAUCUGGGGCCUGUGUUUCUCCUCCGUAAUUGCUAGUCCCAGAAAGUAGAAUUGCAAAUAGUUAUAACCUGUAUCCUUCCUGUGGAUGGGGCAACCCUCCUCUUGAGCUGACAUUCCAGAAGAGCAGUUAACGUGGAAGAGAAAUUGAUCUCAACUCAGCAGUGAAGGACAGUAUUGUGAAGAGCAGUAACUGUGCCAGACACACUGGGUUCUUACUGGGGGCCAUGCUAGGCCUUCAUCACGUAACUGGAAAACUUUCUUGAAGCCACAAUCUCUUUGUUAGUAGGAAGAUAAAUAGCAGGGGAAAAGGUGAUGGACAAGUAUUGGGGGUUAUCAUCAAAAAUCUAAUGUCUGCAAUUUUUUUUCCUCCUCAUAACCUUGGAAAAUUUCCCAGUUCAUUUUCAGUCCUAUUGUUAGCACAGUUCUGAAGGGUCUGUUCUUGCCAAAACAAGAUUUAUGUUGGAUUUUUUAAAUGUUAUCUCUUGGACCUUAAUGCUCAGGUUUUUGUGGGUCCUACUCGAGCACAUACAAUGUUACCUUAGGUGGAAGAAGAGGACACCUGAUCAGGAUCUAAGCAACACGGUGGCCUUGUGAGCUUCUGUUGAUUAGCCCCAAGUAGUCCAGCUGAAGUCCUGUGGUUUUAUGUUUAAUGGUAAUAGCUGAUUAUAUAUGGCAUAAAUCUCUGUCCGGCUUCCUACUGAGUCAUAUAAACACAGACUUGAAAUAGUACUUUAAAAGUCCAAAUACCUAAACAUGCUAAACUGGAGAUAACUAGGUAGUUGAAUUUUUUUGAAAAUGAUGAUCAGCCACACAACUGUUCUGUACAUACCUGUUUUCUUGUGCACUUUUCUGUAUGCAAAUAAAGCUAUAAAUGUACUCAUUUCAAUAAACUGGAAUGGCAAAA